AUGGCACAAAAUGAUAGAAAGCCCUGGAGCUCAGAGGUAAGAGAUAAGCAGGAAGAUGAAGCUAUUAGAUGCCUCGUUGAAGAAUUUGGAGUCAAAAGGUGAACGUUUCUAGCACAGUUGCUGUCUGAAAGAUAUGGGAUCACUGAUAGGUAAUAAUUAUUAAGAACUGGGAAACAGUGCAGGGAGAGGUGGCAUAAUCAUUUGGACUAAAGGUUAGGUAGUUAAAACGAGUAUGCUGCCAUAAUGGAUAUAGCCACUAGCUGUCGCUGAUCUUGGUUCCAAAAUGUCGCCCUUUUGGAUUUUCGACCUGAACCACCUGCCUAGGGGAUCAACUCCUUUUGGUAGAGCCACUGUCUGUGAUAUGCCUUGAUGGCUCCGAUUAGAGAAGGCUAUGUGGUAGGCAAAAGCAAGGCAGGGACAUGAAAACCUUCUGGGCAAGGCAUCCCCAUGAUAAAUAACUAUAUAUGUUUAUUUAAAUUUAGUUAGAAGACUACGAUUGUAUUGAUAUAUUUGAUAUCAGGCUAUGAUCUCUCUGUUUAGUAUAAAUAACUCCUGAAGCUAUAUAUUUUUCUCUAUGCUUUUUCUACUAUUUUUAGGUAAAAAUGCACUGUCAUUUUUUCUCACUUUUAUGUUUUUUACUUUUUCACUGCCACGUCUUUAAUAAUAAAAACAAAUUUUGAAAUUUUCAGCCACUUUUGACUGAAAAAGGAUCAAUGUAGUUUUUUCUGCAUCGCCCAGCACUACCUGCUCCAUAGGAGUGCACCUCGGAAUACACUUUCCGUCAGCAUCACCAUUUUAUUUUUUCAUUUGGACUCAGGAAUUGUCAAAAAAGCAUGGAGCAAGGAUGAGGAAAGAAAGCUGUUUGAGUACCAUAAAAUUUAUGGAAAUAAAUGAUCUGAAAUAGCCAAGCAUUUGUCUCACACUUAAUAUGGUAAGACCUGCCCUUUUUAAAUGUGUAGCCGACAAUAGUCUGAAACUUUGUGGAAGGAAAAGAAGCGUGAGCUGAGAGUGUUCUGCUGGGUUUUACUUGGUCUAGUGGAGUCAAUUCCUGGCUGGCCAAUUGAGGUUCACAUCUUGGGCAAGGUUUUACCUCGUGGUAGGAUGGAUGGAACUUGGAAGUUGGAAAGGGAUAACCAGCAAGACCGGACGGCAUUUGCUUGGCCAAUCGGGCAAUUUCCCAGCGCGAUACCAGGAGUUGCGCCCUGGGCUGCGAGUUUUCAGUCUGGCCGAUAACCCAAUCAAAAAUUUCACUUUUUGGAUUUUCGGAAAGGUAUUGACAUACGCAUGCUUACCAAGUGCCUUUACCUUUGGGUUUUAAGAGCAAACUCUCGUCCUAGAGAGCAGCACAUGCCCCAAGGCUGUGCAAUCUAAUUGCCACGCAAGAGAAUGGAGCAAUAAGGGACUUGGAAAGCCACAUGACUGGCCUGGAGCUUCUCUUUAAUAAUUUAAGUAUAAUUAAAGCCAAGUAUUUGCCUGGAAGAACGGACAAUUCUAUUAAAAAUCAAUUUUAUAGCACUAUAAGGAGGAAUCUUAGAAAAAUCAAUAGACAAAGGCCAGAAGGAGAAAAGCUGACAGGCUCAGUAAAGACACUAUUAAAAAAUGCAGAAAUUGCGAAAUUACUUGUAUUUCACCCGUCACUUAUUAAAGGAAAGAAUUCUGCACAAAAAACUCAAAGGAAAAGAAGGCCAAAAUCCAAGCCUAUUCCUAAAGAAAAUCCAAUUAAAAAUACUGGAAAUAUGGAAAAAACUCAGCCAGUACCACAGCUGCUAAUCUCACCUGCUGAAGAGCUGCAAAAAUCAGCUGAAAAAGAACGUCCCGCCCCUAUUGUGUGUCCUUCGCCUACUAAGGCUCAAGAAAACAUAAUAAACGGCCCUUCUACCUUAGAAAGCUUUAGCCCGUCAAAACUUUUGGCUACAAUAACUCCUACUUCUACAGGAGGAUUUUUAAGAAAAUCGCCUAUGAGAAGCAGGUUUUUUAAGUUUCCAGAUGACAUUAAUACCAACCCUAAUUGGGAUACAUAUUUAAACCCUGCUUCAGGAGACCAUGGACUUCCUUCACUUAACUAUCAGUUUUCAGAUUCUCUGUUAAGCUGUAAAAGCCCAGACUCCUUAAGCCUUAAGUACGAUAAACUAAAAAUCCCAGAGUCCUCACCUUUAGCAAGAGAUUAUCUAUUGCCACCUUAUUCGCCACAAGACAAAUUUCAGCAUUAUUACAGUCCACGAAAUAUAUAA